AUGCCCCCGUGCCCGCAGACCCACUCUCUGCCGUGCCCCCCGGUCCUGCCACCUGUGCCCGCACGCUGGGCACGCAGCUGGGCUUGUUUCAGGGCCAUCCAGCUGUGUCGUGUCCCCCUCCCGCAGCACCAGAACGGGAUGUACGGGCUGCACCAGGACGUGCACCACUUCAACUCCUUUGGCAGCGUGCAGAGCCUGCCCCGGCUGCUCCGCCGGGCACGCGUCCGGACAGGGAUAAUUGGGAAGAAGCACGUUGGGCCUGAGGACGUCUACCCCUUCGACUUCGCCUACACGGAGGAGAACAGUUCGGUCUUGCAGGUUGGGAGAAACAUCACUCGAAUCAAAGCGCUGGUCCGGCGGUUCCUGCAGAGCCAGGACGAGAGGUGCGGGCGGGUCCUGGCCGAGCUGCGGCGUGCCGGCUUCCACAACAGCACGCUGGUGAUCUACACCUCCGACAACGGCAUCCCCUUCCCCAGCGGAAGGACCAACCUCUACCGGUCGGGCACCGCCGAGCCCCUGCUGAUCUCCUCCCCACAGCACAGCAGGCGCUGGGGCCAGGUCAGCCAAGCCUUCGCCUCCCUGCUAGAUCUGACGCCGACCAUUUUGGACUGGUUCUCCAUCCCCUACCCUUCUUACAGCAUCUUUGGCACAAAGCGGGUGCAGCUCACCGGGAAGUCUCUGCUGCCGGCGCUGGAGUCGGAGCAGCCCUGGGCCACCGCCUUCAGCAGCCAGAGCCACCACGAGGUGACCAUGUACUACCCCAUGCGAGCCAUCCAGCACCAGCAGUUCCGCCUCAUCCACAACCUCAACUACAAGAUGCCCUUCCCCAUCGACCAGGACUUCUACGUCUCGCCCACUUUCCAAGACCUGCUCAACCGCACCAGGGCCGGGCAGCCAACCCACUGGAACAAGACCCUGCACCAGUACUACUACCGGGACCGCUGGGAGCUCUUCGACUGCAGCCGCGACCCCACCGAGAGCCAGAACCUGGCCCCCGACCCCCGCUACGCCGCCGUCUUCCAGCUGCUUCGCACGCAGCUCUUGAAGUGGCAGUGGGACACGGGUGACCCCUGGGUCUGUGCCCCCGAUGCUGUCCUGGAGGAGAAGCUGAGCCCCCCGUGCCCGCCGCUCUCCUCCGGGACAGCAUGA